AUCUAAUCUCUUCUACACGGCAUUUCAGCCGUGGCUGUCAACGGGAAGUCAUCUCAACCAGAGACACAUUAGAGCACGCAGGCAGAGAGUUGAAAAGUAUGUGCAUUUAGGAGUUUGUUUUGGCUGAGUUAUGUGUCUCUGUAAUCGUUUGAGAUGACCAUAUGGGAGUACUUGGCUUGUCCGCAUGUCGGCAGCUCUGAAGUUCUCUAACCUUCCACGUCUGAACUUUUCCAAACCCAAGGCAGUGCUGGAAUGUAUCUGAAACUCAUCACCCCACUGGACAACUUUCUCUUACAAUCAAGUCACAGCCUUUACCGGAACAAACAGGUGAACUUCUAACCAGGAAAGUGAAAACACUGAAGAAGAGGGACGAUGAAUAACACCACUUGUGUUCAAAUUGGAGACAGCAUCAUCAGUGACUUCCUGAUGUCUGUUUACAUCGUGGCUUUUAUCUUUGGUUUGAUCUUCAAUGUGCUGACCCUGGGCCCAAUUUGGCACCAAGUCCGGAAGGAAAAUGUUCUGGGAAUCUUCCUGCUCUGCCUCUCUGUCUCUGACAUGCUUUUCAUCUUCACCAUGCCCCUUUGGAUCAAUUAUUACCGUCAGGAUCACCACUGGAAGCUUGGCGCUGAAAUCUGCAGCGUAGCGGGCUUCUUCUACUACUCGAACAUGUACAUCAGCAUCUUCCUGCUCUGCUGUAUCUCUGUGGACCGCUGCCUGGUGGUAUGUUACCCACUCCACUUCAAGGCUCGGCGUACAGCUCGCUACGCCUGGGUCCAAUGUCUCAUUGUGUAUGUUGUAGUGGUGGUUCUGCACAUCAUGGUACUGUACCACGACAACCUCACAGAUGCCCAUGAUGAGAAUGGCCAAAAUGACCGUUGUUAUGAGACCUUCCCCAUGCCGAGGAAUGUGGCCAUAUUCAACCUGGUCAGAGUGUGCCUUGGCUUUCUACUACCACUGCUAGUGUUAGUAGUAAGCUACUGGAGGGUGCUGGCCACUGUGGGGCAAAGUCCUGGCCUGACUGCCCAGAUGAAGAGGAAAGUUCGCCUCCUGUCUUUCGGAGUGAUUGGAAUCUUCUCCUUUUGCUUUGCUCCAUAUCAUAUUCUCCUGCUCAUCCGCUCACUAGUCUACUUCAACAGCAAUAAUGACUUACCUGAAGGAGAUUAUUGCAAGUUUGAAGACAAGGUGCACUUCAUCUUCUCAUUUAUGCUGGCCUUGUCCAGUCUGAACUGCGUAGUGGACCCUGUGCUGUAUGUGCUGGUCAGUAAUGUAAUCCAGGAUAAGUUAAAGCAGUGCUGCAGAAGGAGUGGAGAUGCAAAACCAGAAGGCUGUACGCUUACUACAUACAAUAGACGAAAAACUAAUAGUAACAAUUUAAUAUAAAAAAAAACAAGCUGCAUGUCAUAGAGAAGUGUCUAUUUGUAGGCAUAUCUGUGUACAUAUGUGCAUACACAAUUAUACAUUACAGUUAGCCAGUAAGUAGCGGGAUUAUUUACAUCCCAUAAUCAACCCUUUCAAGUAUCCUUUGAGAACCAAGCUCCCGGAUUUGUCUGUUUUUCUUCCCCACUAUAUCCUGCACUUUUUAGAGGAGGGGGCUGAUUAAUGUAUGCAUCUCAGAGCUGGGUAAUUGGAUUGUAGUCCCAGGUUUGGUUCUCCUGAGAGUUCUUCAGUUGCAGCCACUUCUUGUUUGUCGCUGGAUGCUGCCAGAUCUGAGUGUGACACUGUGAACAUGCGACCCUGAUACGGAUAAAUGUGCGAUAACUGUAAAGCAUGCCAUAGAAAUUCUUUAUUAGCAUGAUCCUGAAACUUCAGUGUACUUUGUCGGUUAAAUGUGUUGAAUAGGAGGCUAAAUAAACCUGUGAACAUGUGA